UAUUCUGUUUAUGGAGAAGAAAUAGAGACAUCAAAGACAGAAAGAUAAUUCAAAACAACAAGAAGAAGACAAAAGAUCUUACAUUUCUAGCAAUAUAAUGGAGGUUCUCUUGAAGUUGCCCGCUUCAGAUUCUCCUCUUAAGGAUAAGGUUUUUGGAUCUGCUAAGGGUGAUGGUGAUCAUCAAGAACUUGAAUCUGCCAAGGCCGAGAUGAGCGAGGUGAAGGAAGAGAACGAGAAGCUUAAAGGGAUGCUGGAACGAAUUGAAAGUGAUUACAAAACUCUCAAACUCAGAUUCUUCGACAUAAUUCAACAAGAACCUUCAGACAACCCAACUCAAAACCAAAAUCAUCCCAAGCCAACAACAACAGAUUUGAGCUCUUUUGAUCAAGAACGCGAGCUUGUAUCACUUUCACUCGGGAGAAGAAGUUCUUCCCCAAGUGAUAGCAUCCCCAAAAAGGAAGAGAAAGACGCAAAGAGCGCAGAAUUCAACGCUGACAAAGAGUUGACCAAGGCCGGUUUGACCUUAGGGAUCAAUAACGUCGACGGCCGUGAAUCAAACGUGAGUUUAUCUAUGGAGAACACGGCCAAUUCUAGCCUAGAAAACAGCACAGAAGAAGCUCCUGGAGAAACCUGGCCGCCAAGUAAAGUUACCGGAAAGAGAAGCUCUCCGGCACCAGCCUCCGGUGGCGAUGUUGAAGGUGAGACCGGUCAACAAAACCAUGUUAAGAGAGCUAGAGUUUGUGUUAGAGCAAGAUGUGACACACCAACGAUGAAUGAUGGUUGUCAAUGGAGAAAAUAUGGACAAAAGAUUGCAAAAGGAAACCCAUGUCCACGAGCAUAUUAUCGCUGCACGGUUGCACCUGGAUGUCCCGUCAGAAAACAGGUCCAAAGAUGUGCAGAUGACAUGUCCAUACUAAUCACAACCUAUGAAGGAACACACAGCCACCCUCUUCCACUCUCAGCCACCACAAUGGCCUCCACCACCUCAGCCGCCGCUUCCAUGCUCCUCUCCGGCUCCUCCUCCUCAUCAGCCGCCGAAAUGAUAGGAAACAACCUAUACGAUAAUUCAAGAUUCAACAACAGCAACAAAUCCUUCUAUUCACCCACCCUUCACUCCCCAUUACAUCCCACCGUCACUCUAGACCUCACCGCCCCACAACAUCCAUCUUCUUCUUCAUUGCCUUCUUUAAAUUUCAACAAGUUCUCAAACUCUUUCCAAAGAUUCCCAUCCACAAGCCUAAAUUUCUCGUCUAAUGCAUCGUCAUCAUCAACCUCGUCUAAUCUUAACCUACCGGCGAUUUGGGGUAAUGGGUAUUCUUCUUACACUCCAUAUCCUUACAAUAACGUCCAGUUUGGGACGUCCAACCUAGGAAAAACAGUCCAAAACAGCCAGUCCUUAACAGAAACCCUAACAAAAGCGCUUACUUCCGACCCAAGUUUCCACUCGGUGAUCGCAGCAGCGAUCUCAACUAUGGUGGGAUCCAACGGGGAACAACAGGUCGCUGGUCCACGGAAUUCCAUUCAACAAACCACCACGGCGAAUAAUAACAAAGGAUGUGGAGGCUAUUUUAGCAGCUUAUUGAUGUCUAACAUAAUGGCCAGUAAUCAAACGGGUGCGUCUUUGGACCAACCAUCGUCGCAACUUCCUCCCUUCUCUAUGUUCAAGAAUUCUUCUUCGUCGUCUUCUACGACUAGUUUCGUGAACAAGGAAGAGAAAAGCUAGAGGUUAUUCCUAUUUUUCUUCAUUUUUGGGGUGAUUUUUUUUUUAUUAUAGGUGUUUUAGUAUUGUAUCAAAAGAUGUUGAUUCUUGUUCGUCCAUCUCUCGAACGUGUUUAUUUUUUCUUUUCAAGUUAGGAAACUGUGGAACCGAAUUCAAAUAAACCAAAAUUAAAUGUACAAUUUUAAUGUUUUCUUGUGUA